AUGGCGGAGGCGUGCGGCUGGCGGGCAGCAGAGUGGGCGAUCCGUCUCCUGCCGCUUCUCACCGAGGAGGCGCAGACAGCGGCUCUGGGACUUACUCCAGACAUGCUUAAGUCCGUGAUGGAUCGGCUGGGUCUGACCCCGGAGGACCACCGGGCGGAGGUUCGGCGAGCGUGGCCUGAGGAUCGGCCUUUCAUUUACGUGUCCAGGAGCGACGUACCGUGUUCCGCACGGGGGCCCCACAAGGCACCAUUCCUCUUCUCCAUAUACACCUCGGACUUUAAACACAACUCUGAUAACUGCCACAUACAAUCUGCAAUCGUCUGCCUCAUUUCCGCCAACACUGACUGGGAGUACAAAGAACUGAACCAGGACUUAGGAUGGUGCCAGCAGAAUCACCUACAGAUCAACUCUGGAAGUGAAACUCAGACAGUCAUUGCUACUGAGGUGAAGAUCUUCUGCCGUACUGAUAAGCAGUGUAUCUGCUACCUCUGCUCUCUGGAUGAACAUAAAGGCCACGACACCGUCUCAGCUGCAGCAGAAAGGACCGAGAGGCAGAGAGAGCUGGAGGGGAGUCGACUAAACAUCCAGCAGAGAAUCCAGGACAGAGAGAAAGACCUGAAGCUGCUCCAUCAGGAGGUGGAGGCCAUCAACCUCUCUGCUGAUAAAACAGUGGAGGACAGUGAGAAGAUCUUCACUGAGCUGAUCCGUCUCAUGAAGAAAAGAAGCUCUGAUGUGAAGCAGCAGGUCAGAUCCCAGCAGAGAACUGAAGUGAGUCGAGUCAAAGAGCUUCAGGAGAAGCUGGAGCAGGAGAUCACUGAGCUGAAGAGGAACGACGCUGAGCUGAAGCUGCUCUCACACACAGAGGAUCUCAACCAGCUUCUCCACCACUACCCCUCACUGUCACCACUCACUGGGUCUACAGACUCAUCCAGCAUCAACAUCCGUCCUCUGAGGUACUUUGAGGACAUGACGGCGGCUGUUUCAGGAGUCAGAGAUGAACUACAGGACGUCCUGAGAGACAAGUGGACAAACGUCUCACUGACGGGGACUGAAGUGGGUGUUUUACUGUCUCAACCAGAGCCCACGACCAGAGAUGGAUUCUUAGAGUAUUCAUGUGAACUCACUCUGGAUCCAAACACAGCAAACACACAGCUGUUAUUAUCUGAUGGGAACAGAAAAGCAACAACAGUUAAUCAACAACAGCCUUAUUCUCGUCACCCAGACAGGUUCACUGAAUGUGAUCAGGUCCUGAGUAGAGAGAGUCUGACUGGACGUUGUUACUGGGAGGUGGAGUGGAGAGGAGGAGGAGUUUGUGUUGCAGUCUCAUACAAGAACAUCCAGAGAGAAGGGGGCUGGAAUGAAUGUGAGUUUGGAUCCAAUAACAAAUCUUGGGCGUUACGUUGUCUCAAAAACAGUUUAACAUUUCUUCACAACAAAGUCCAAACCCUCGUCUCUGGUCCUCAGUCCUCCAGACUAGGAGUGUACCUGGAUCACACAGCAGGUAUUCUGUCCUUCUACAGCGUCUCUGGAACCAUGACUCUCCUCCACAGAGUCCAGACCACAUUCACUGAGCCUCUCUAUGCUGGACUUGGGUUUUAUGGUUUUAGUUUUGGAUCCACUGUUGAGUUGUGUAAACUAAAAUAGAAAGAAGUCCUUUGAGGGUUAAACUGUGAGUUUGAACUCUUGAACUCAUUUAGUCUCCAUGUUUGUUGCAGAGAGCUGAUUGUUGAGGCGUUUCUUCACUGCAGAGAUCAGCUGUCAGUCAAACCUUGUGGGCGGUACUUUGACGUCUUGUCCUUCUUGUUGUGUAAAGGUCUGAGUUCCUGUAGGUGGCGCUCCUCCCUUUGUCUGUUUAGCCAUGGAGGCUCUCACUGCUCAUGAUGACGUCUAUUUACCUGAACUGACUUUUCUCUGCAUGAACAUUUAAACUUCUCUGAGCUCUAAAUGUCUGAAGAAUAUUUCUAUUGAUGUUUAUUAUUGUUGUUUCUCUUCCACUGCAUGUGUCUUAAGAGAGAAGCAGACCUUCAUUUAUCUGAGAUAGUUCUUCUCUUUGUGUGUGUUUGUGAACAAAUCCUUAAUUAGAUUUACAUGUAUUUGUUUGGCAGACCUAUGAGCUCUUAUUACACUUUAAUUAUCAUGAUCAUAAUCAAUGAGGAGAUCAUUUAUUAUCCUCUUAAAUAUAAAUGAUUCAGUUUAAACUGAUUGAGUGUGAUGAAUCUGUCCAUGAACUCAUUGAUCACGAGUCAUUUAACAGACUUUAAUGAUGGGAUGUGAGAACAAACUGAAUGUUUACACGAUGAAUAAACAAACAUGAACAAAGUA